AUGGAACUUAUUCAAUCGCAGAAAGGCAAAGAUUUACUGUUGAGCGAUGGGUACCGGUAUCGUAAGGCGAGAACUAAUACCGAUGGCAGUGUAUCAUGGAGAUGCGCCGAGACACCUUGCCGAGGACGUGUCAAAGUGUCAUUGGAAAAUGUCGUGGUAAAUGUGACUCGACACAGUCAUGCUCCAGAUCCAGCUAAAAAUGAAGCAAAAAAAUCUGUGUCUAAUAUGAAAAGGCGAGCAGCGGACACCCUUGAGAAACCAAGGCAGUUGAUUCAAGGAUCGACAAGAGGGAUAAAUUUGGAAGCAUCAGUCCAUUUGCCAUCGUACAAAAGCAUCUCAGAGAACUGUUGA